AAAAAAAAAAAACCUUUUAUCUUCUUACCUCUGUCCGUCCAUUCAAGGUUCCAAAUGGCGACUCUGGACUUCUCCGUCUGUAAAACCCUAAACCCUUCGUCUCCGCUCCUCACACCAUUCUCCAAUCCUCUUCUUCAAACCCUAACCCUAAAACCCCAUCGCUCUCAUAAACCACUCUCCAUUGUAUCCGCUUCCCCAAAUCCUUGUUUUCUUCCCAUCUCCCGCCAAAUUUCGCAAUUCCCAUUCGCAAUUAUCCCUCGGGAUAUCCGGACCUUCGCCGGCAGGAGCAAGAAGAAGGGCGGAGGCCACUCUCCCGGCCGCAUCGAAGGCAACGCCGAGUUCCGGCGUCAACUGAGGCAAAAUGCCCGCCGGAAGAGCCAGAAGUUCGCCGAAUCCCAUUUCUACCGCCGCAAGAACUCCAACAGCAACUACGCGGAUAACUUCACCGAGGACGAGCUUCAACAGAUCGGCCUUGGCUACGAUCGGAUGGUCCGAUUCAUGGAGAAAGACGACCCGAAUCUGCGCCAUCCCUACGACUGGUACAAGUACGGCGAGUACGGCCCGUACUCGUGGCGCGGAGUCGUCGUCGGCGAGCCGAUUCGCGGCCGGUUCACGGACGAGCGAGUUACCAUAAUCAGCGAGGUCAAGGACCACGAGGAGUGGGAGAAGAUCGAGCAAUCAGAAAUGGCUUCUGAUUUCAGCGAGGGAUUGCAGCGGAUGGACAAGAGCAAGGGGUUUCGGUACUUUUGGGUGUUCGUGAGGCACCCGCGCUGGAGGAUUUCGGACCUGCCAUGGCAGCAGUGGACUCUGAUUGCAGAGGUCGUGCUGGAAGCCGGUAAAGAAAGGUUGGAUAAAUGGAAUUUGAUGGGUCGGCUUGGGAACAAGUCGAGAAAGAAUAUAACUCAAUGUGCAGCGUGGAUGAGACCUGAUAUCAUAUAUGUGAAGAAACCAGUUUACCAGUGCAGAUUUGAGCCUCAGGACGAGUUUUUCCAGGCGAUAAUGCCGUUUCUCGAUCCAAAAACAGAGCAAGAUUUUCUGUUCGAGUUGCAGAAUGAUGAAGGAGAUGUGGAGUGGGUGACUUAUUUCGGUGGGCUGUGUAAGAUUGUGAGGGUGAAUCCAAAGGCAUUUGUGGACGAUGUGGUGAAUGCUUAUGAGAAGCUGAGUGACGAGAAGAAAUCCAAGUGUUUGGAGUUUCUUCUCACUAACCACCCUGUUCCAUUGCUGCAUCCAUAUACAAAAGAGUGGAAGGCCAAGUUGGAGGAGGAGGAGUUGGGUUGUGAUGCUCCGGACGACAAUGAGAAACGACGUGGGGGCGAUGGGGAAAAUGUGAUAAUGGAGUGGAUUGAGACUGAUGAUGACAAUGACGAGGGUGACGAUGAGGAUCAGAUAGAUGACAUGGUGAUGGAAGAAGGUGGAGAUGAGGACGGGGCGGAUACGAAAGAAGAUGAUCGAAGUCGAGAGGAAGACGAGGAUUAUUGGGACGAGAGGUUCAGGAAGGCGAUAAGUAGUCCAGAGGAAAUGGAGAAGCUGUUUAAACGCAGUGCAGAAGUGAGUGAUGAAUUGUAUGAGAAACAGAUGGAGAAAAUGGAAGGGAAAAAGGGCAUGGAAGAUGGGGAUGAGACUGAAAUGAGAGGCAAGAGAGCAAAAGUGAGAGCAGAAGAGUGGGAACAAAUUGGGUAUGGGCCAUGGAGGAAGAGGAUAAAGAAAAGCCAAAUCCCUCCAGAGUUGUUUUUGAGAUCUACAGUGAGGCCAUUCACUUACAGGAACCUUGUGAAGGAGAUUGUACUUACCAGGCAUGCUAUUUUGGAUGGUGAAAUUGGGGUAUGAUCUUCAUCUCAUCUCAUCAUCAGUUUGUUUCUGUUUAGUAAACAAACAUCAUUUUUGAAAUAGAAAGAAAAGUUAAACUCAACACCAUAUUACUCUAUCAAGUUUUUUUUUUUUUUUGGUUGAGUGGGAAAGUUUAGGGGAUGGAUCUCUUAGAAAAAAAUAAUGUAUCUACUUUUUGGAGGGCAAAAAUAGAUAAAGAUAUGGUAAUCGGAUGGUAAAUUGUCAAGGUGAAAAUUUAAACUCACUACUUUUGAUUGGAGAUUUUUCAAAUACACAUUGGUUUAGUUA